GGCUGGCGCCCCGCCAUGCCCGCAGCCUGGGUUUGUGGCCGCCCCCUCAUUUUUUCGGGUCCCCCGUCUGGGGCUGGGUGCCCCCUCCAGCCGCAGCCCGGGGUUGCACCGCCUUCCCGGCAGCGACCCCGCCCCGCACGGCCGCCCCGGGAUCCGCCCGGGCCCGCCCCCGGCGCCGUCACUUCCUGCCCGGCCGCGGAGGCCUGGCCGGCGGCGGCGGCGGCGGCGGCGGCGGGGCCCUCCGAGCCAUGGUCGCCCUGGAGCAGCCGGAGGGCGGCCCGGAGGCGGCGGCGGCGGCGGCCGGGGGCGGCCCGGGCGGGCGGCGGACGCUCUCAAUACCUCCUGACCCUGCUGGAGACGGACGGGGACACACGUGGCCCGGAGGAUGGGGACCUGGCACCCCCCGCGGCACCUGGCAUCUUUGCGGAGGCCUGCAGCAACGAGACCUACGUGGAGGUCUGGAAUGACUUCAUGAACCGCUCCGGGGAGGAGCAGGAGCGGGUCCUCCGAUACCUGGAGGAUGAGGGCAAGACCAAGGCCCGGAGAAGGGGUCCCAGCCGGGGGGUGGACCGGAGGAAAGAGGACCCAGCCUACACCCCCCGAGAGUGCUUCCAGCGCAUCAGCCGGCGCCUGCGAGCCGUUCUCAAGAGGAGCCGCAUCCCCAUGGAAACGCUGGAGACCUGGGAGGAGCGGCUGCUGGGGUUUUUCUCAGUAUCUCCCCAAGCCGUGUACACGGCCAUGCUGGACAACAGCUUUGAGAGGCUCCUCCUCCAUGCUGUCUGCCAGUACAUGGACCUCAUCUCAGCCAGUGCCAACCUGGAGGGCAAGAGACAGAUGAAGGUCAGCAAUCGGCAUCUGGACUUCCUGCCCCCUGGGCUGCUCCUGUCCGCUUACCUGGAGCAACACAGCUGAUGCCAAUCUACCUGCCCCCGCCCCCCUUCCCUUCAAGAUUUCCUAUACCUCCACUAAAAUGUUUGUUAAUUUUAGAAUUUUAGUCAUGCUGUCCCCUUGGGAUGGCAUUCUCACCCUAGCCCCAUCCCAUCCCAGCUCUUCCAGGGAAAUGCUGGCAGCUGGAGCUGCCUUAGACUCUACUGGGCCCACAACUCCCUGCUCUGGUACUCGUAUUUGGGUGGAGAGACCUCAGUCAGCUUUCUCAGCCCAGCCGGAAGCUUACGUGAGGAGGGAGGGGCUAGGUUUUUUAUCACUUUUAAUGAAUUCGGGAUGAUGUGUUGUAGAUUUUAAAUUUUUUCUUUUGGGAUGAAAAACCAAAAAUGCCAACUGAUAAAUUGGGGGCUUUGUUCUAGUCCCUGCUUGAUUUCCCUCCCAGUUUUUGGCUAGAAUUGGGAGGGGGGCGUGUCUCUGGGGUGCUGCCCCUCAUCCCAGGAGCAUUACGUUUUGUGUGUGUGUGUGUGUGUGUGCGCGCGCGUGCGUGUGCAUGCUGGUGUCCUGCUACCCAGGACAGCAGCUGUGUCUUAAAGGCUGGUUUUACCCUCGUUGGGAUGUGUGUUUCUUCCCCAGGUGCCUUUUGUGGCUCUGGGGGCCCUGCCUGCUCUACAGCCCCCCCCUCCACCUUUCCUCCUCUCUCCACACUGGGAGUCUGGGACUUCCAGCCAGAAGUCUCCACCCCCCACUGCCAACUUCCCCUCUCCGUGUUCCCUCACACCAUCCCCCUCCCACUGCGCCCCCCCCAGCCUGAAGGUCUAUAGCUUUGGGGUGUCGCCCUGACCGGGCCACAGAAGCAGGGCUGGGGGACACCCCUCCAUCCACUGCCGUAUGUGUGGCUAUUGCGCUUUGGGAAAAGUGAAUAAUUCAAUAAAUUUCUGGUGCUCUGGUCUCCA